UCCGAACUCCUGAGGGCCGGUUCUUGCUCCUGUGGGACGGUCUGAGGGGCAGUCCUUGCUCCUGAGGAGCAGCUGUUGCUCCUGAGGGACGGUCUGAGGGGCAGUCCUUGCUCCUGAGGGCCUGUCCUUGCUCCUGAGGAACAGUCGUUGCUCUUGAAGGCCGGUCCGAGCUCCUGAGGGCCAGUCCUGGCUCCUGAAGGACUGUCCUUUAGCUCCUGAGGGCCAGUCCUUGCUCCUGGGGGACAAUCCGAGCCCCUGAAGGACUGUCCUUUAGCUCCUGAGGGCCUGUUCUCAUCCCCUGAGGAACAGUCCCUGCCCCCGAGGGCCGGGCUGACGGGACCCCGGCCGCCCCUGCCCCUCCAGGCCCGGCCCCGAGGGCUGCGGGGGGCGGGCCGGGCUCGGACCGGAGCCCCCCGACCCACCCCGUGCCUGCAGCCGGCCUGGGAAGAAGAUGUCUCAGGAGAGGCCCAAGUUCUACCGGCAGGAGCUGAACAAGACGCUGUGGGAGGUGCCCGAGCGCUAUCAGAACUUGUCCCCCGUGGGCUCGGGGGCCUACGGCUCCGUGUGUGCUUCCUUUGACACAAAAACCGGACUCCGAGUGGCAGUUAAGAAGCUCUCCAGGCCAUUUCAGUCUAUCAUCCAUGCCAAAAGGACGUACAGAGAACUACGUCUCCUUAAGCACAUGAAACACGAAAACGUGAUUGGUCUCUUGGAUGUGUUCACACCUGCAAAGUCCCUGGAGGAAUUUAAUGAUGUGUAUCUGGUGACGCAUCUCAUGGGAGCAGAUCUGAACAACAUUGUGAAAUGUCAGAAACUUACAGAUGACCAUGUACAGUUCCUCAUUUAUCAAAUUCUCCGUGGCCUGAAGUACAUUCAUUCAGCUGACAUCAUACAUAGAGACCUAAAACCUAGCAAUCUAGCUGUGAAUGAAGACUGUGAGCUGAAGAUCUUAGAUUUUGGCCUGGCCCGGCACACUGAUGACGAGAUGACAGGUUACGUGGCCACCAGGUGGUACAGGGCUCCUGAGAUCAUGCUGAACUGGAUGCAUUACAACCAAACAGUUGAUAUUUGGUCAGUGGGCUGCAUAAUGGCCGAGCUUUUGACUGGAAGAACGUUGUUUCCAGGAACAGACCAUAUUAACCAGCUUCAGCAGAUCAUGCGCCUGACGGGGACACCCCCUGCCUAUCUCAUUAACAGGAUGCCCAGCCACGAGGCCAGGAACUACAUUCAGUCUUUGACGCAGAUGCCGAAGAUGAACUUCGCCAAUGUGUUUAUCGGUGCCAAUCCUCUCGCGGUCGACCUGCUGGAAAAGAUGCUGGUGCUGGACUCGGAUAAGAGGAUCACGGCGGCCCAAGCCCUAGCCCACAACUACUUCGCUCAGUAUCACGACCCCGACGACGAGCCCGUCGCCGAUCCCUACGAUCAGUCCUUUGAGAGCCGGGAGCUCCUGAUAGAGGAAUGGAAAAGCCUGACCUACGAUGAAGUCAUCAGCUUCGUGCCUCCGCCGCUCGACCAAGAAGAGAUGGAGUCCUGAAAACCCGGUUCCGCUCCGUCGUUUUGCCCUUCACUGUGAGGAGAAGGCCUUUCCACAGGGACUCUCCAGAUAUUCAAGUGCCUCUUGUUGCAAAGAUUCUC